AUGCGUCGCGCCACCGGCUGCCCGCUGAGCCAGAUCUGCAUCCCCCCUCCCGCCGUGCUGGUGCGGAGCUUCCCGGUGAGACCCAGCCUGGAUCCCUGCGGCACCGCCAGCGGCUCCCGGUGCCUCCCUCCCUGCCGGAGCCCCUGCUGCUACCCCGGCACCACCACCUACGUCAGCCUGGGCAGCCUGGGCAGCCUGGCCCAGGCCGCCAAGCCCUGCAGCCUCGUAGCCACCACGUGCGUGCCCCCGAGCUGCCAGGACGUGGCCAGGAGCUCCACGAGCUGCAGCAGGAGCCAGGACUGCUGCCAGGAGGUGGCCAAGUGCUCCACGGGCACGUGCCAGGAUCUGUGCUGCCAGGAGGUCACCAAGUGUGAAACCACGUGUCAGGAUCCGUGUUAUAAGGAGGUCACCAAGUGUGAAACCACAUGUCGAGAUCCGUGUUGUCAAGAGGUCACCAAGUGUGUCACAACGUGUCAGGAUUCGUGUUAUAAGGAGGUCACCAAGUGUGUCACAACGUGCCAGGAUCCGUGCCGUCAGGAGGUCACCAAGUGUGUCACAACAUGUCAGGAUCCGUGUUAUAAGGAGGUCAUCACGUGCACCACCACGUGUCAAGAUCCGUGCUGUCAAGAGGUCACCAAGUGCACAACCACAUGUCAGGAUCCGUGCUGCCAGGAGGUCACCAAGUGUGUCACCACAUGUCAGGAUCCCUGUUGCAAGGAGGUCACCAAGUGUGUCACCACAUGUCAAGAUCCGUGUUAUAAGGAGGUCACCACGUGCACCACAACGUGCCAGGAUCCCUGUUGUAAGGAGGUCACCAAGUGCGUCACCAGGUGUGUGGAUCCCUGUUGUCAAGAGGUCACCAAGUGUGUCACCACGUGCCAGGAUCCCUGUUGUAAGGAGGUCACCAAGCGUGUCACCACAUGUCAGGAUCCCUGUUGCAAGGAGGUCACCAAGUGCACCACCACGUGUGUGGACCCCUGCUGCCAGGAGGUCACCAAAUGUGUCACCACGUGCCAAGAUCCCUGCUGUAAGGAGGUCACCAAGUGUGUCACCACAUGCCAGGAUCCCUGCUGCAAGGAGGUGACCACAUGCACCACCACAUGUGUGGAUCCGUGUUGUCAGGAGGUCACCAAGUGCGUCACCACGUGCCAAGAUCCGUGUUGCAAGGAAGUGACCACAUGUGUAGACCCAUGUUGUCAGAUCUCCAAGCGUGUCACCAGGUGUGUGGACCCGUGCUGUCAGGAGGUCACCAAGUGUGUCACAACAUGUCAGGAUCCGUGUUAUAAGGAGGUCACCAAGCGUGUCACCACGUGUGUGGACCCCUGCUGCCAGGAGGUCACCAAAUGUGUCACCACGUGCCAGGAUCCCUGCUGCAAGGAGGUGACCACGUGCACCACCACAUGUGUGGAUCCGUGUUGUCAGGAGGUCACCAAGUGUGUCACCACGUGUGUGGAUCCCUGCUGCCAGGAGGUCACCAAGUGCAGAACCAGGUGUGUGGAUCCCUGCUGCCAGGAGGUCACCAAGUGUGUCACCACGUGCCAAGACCCCUGCGGCAAAGAGGUCACCAAGUGUGUCACCACGUGCCAAGAUCCCUGUUGUGUGACCAGAUGUGCCACCAGGUGUGUUGAUCCCUGCUGCCAGGAGGUCACCAAGUGUGUCACCACGUGCCAAGAUCCCUGUUGUAAGGAGGUCACCAAGUGCACAACCACCAGAUGCGUUGACCCGUGCUGCCAGGAGGUCACCAGAUGUGUCUCCAGGUGUGUGGAUCCGUGUUGCAAGGAGGUCACCAAGUGCGUCACCACGUGCGUGGACCCCUGCUGCCAGGGAGUGACCACCUGCACCACCACCUGUCAGGACUCCUGCUGCCAGGGAGUGACCACAUGUGCCACCACCUGUCAGGACUCCUGCUGCCAGGGAGUGACCACAUGUGCCACCAGGUGCGUGGACCCGUGCUGCCAGGGGGUGGCCAGUCGUGGAGGUGUCCAGGUUGUCACCAGGUGCGCCGACUCCUGCCCCACCACCUGCGUCACCCAGACCUGCCCCGUGUGCGGCCAGCGCUGCUCCGUCUCGGGCUGCCCGAAAUUCCGGGCUCGCUGA